AUGGAUUACGAUGGAUCUGAGUACCCGGAGGUGCAUAUGGCAAGAUUUGAAACUCUGGUCAUGCUACAUCAAUACUCUGAGGGCAUUAAGUGCCGUAUCUUCUCCACCACACUGACAGGGCUGGCGCAACAGUGGUUCCGAACUUUGGACCCGGGUUCCAUCCAUUCCUUCGAAGACCUUCAUGACAUGUUCAUGUGCCAGUUUUCCAGCUCUAGACAGACAACCAAAACCGCCAUGUCCUUAAUGGAAAUGUGGCAAGAAUCAAACGAAACUCUGAAGGAAUAUGUAACUAGAUUCAACAUGGCUUCUCUAGCAGUGCCCAAAGCUGAAUCUCAGAUAAAGGUAUAUGCAUUCACUAGAGGGCUAAAGCCGGGACCUCUCUUCGACGAUCUACAGAUCAAUCCCCCACACACCUUUGACGAUAUAAUGAGGAGAUUACCCGGAGCUCCCGAGCCUCUGAAGAGAGCACAGAAACAACCUCGGAUGGUACAUUCUGUAAAUCAGUUCACCGAUUAUACUCCAUUGAACACGCCACAAGAGGAAAUCUUCCAAAUGAUUAAGGAUGAGCCUUGGUUCCACGCACCAACAAGUUACGUACAGGGCCCACCAAGGCAGGGACCUAACAAGCUCCUCUGCCACUACCACAACGCUUAUGGGCAUCCAACACAAUAUUACGUCAACCUUAAACGACAUAUUGAGGUCCUGGUGCGGCAAGGAAAACUUGAUAGGUCUGUUAAGCAGAUGCCCCCACCGCACCACCAAGACACCGAUCAGGGAAGACAGGACAGAGGAGGCCAUCAGCAAGGCUGA